AUGGUUGUCUGUCGCAUGGCCAGAGGCAUUCCACGCGUGGCAGCCACGACGACCGACGUACAGACGAGCGAUGGGGUGAUUGCGUCCAUCGCUGGCUCCGUUCACGGCUUGGGCCAGAGCAGUGGUCUCGUGCGCCCACAUAAAAAGUCCACCAGUUGGUGGACAUCAAAACUGGAUCGUAAAUAUGAAUGUGAAGAAAAGUUGGGUUUCGAGGAUUCUCUUCUUUCAGAAUUGUUGAGCUUACUUCCAUUUCGAGUGGAGGUGUUGUCUUGCUUCUAA